AUGAAAACACCCUUCAUCCCCCUCACCCUGUUCUCAAUCACCACAGCGACAGCCCUCCAAUCCCCCCUCGACCCAGCCAUCAACAUCAACACCAACACCAACACCAACACCAACACCAUCAACAACAAUGCCCUCAACAACAACAACAACAUGAAAACAGGCAACCCCAUACUCCCAGGCUGGUACGCCGACCCCGAAGCCCGCAUCUUCGACUCCACCUACUGGAUCUACCCAACCUACUCCGCCGCCUACGAAUCCCAAACCUUCUUCGACGCCUUCUCCUCCCCAGACCUCCUCACCUGGACCAAACACCCCCGCAUCCUCGACUUCGCCAACAUCCCCUGGUCCACCAACCGCGCCGCCUGGGCCCCCUCCGUGAUCCGCCGCCCCGCAAGCGCCACCGCCAAUGGCAGCUCGCCAUACGAUUACUUUAUGUACUUCUCCGCCGGGGACGGGGCGGGGAUCGGGGUUGCGCGAUCGACCACCGGGCUGCCCGAGGGCCCCUUUGCGGAUGUGCUGGGGAAGCCGCUUGUGCCGAGCACGGUGUUCGGCGCGGAGCCGAUCGACGCGCAGGUGUUUGUGGACGAGGACGAGCGCGUGUGGCUGUAUUUCGGCGGGUGGAGCCAUGCCGUGGUGGUGGAGCUGGGGAGGGACAUGGUGAGUUUGAAGGGGGGGUAUCUGGAGAUUACGCCGACGGGGUAUGUCGAGGGCCCGUGGAUGAUGAAGAGGGACGGGGUGUAUUAUUUUCUGUUUAGUGUGGGCGGAUGGGGGGAUGACUCCUACGGCGUGAGUUAUGUCACUGGCGCGUCGCCUACGGGCCCGUUUACGACGGAGCCCGUCAAGAUCCUCUCGGGGAAUGCGACUGUCGGCACGGGGACGGGCCAUAACAGUGUGGUUACGCCUGACGGGAGGGACUACUAUAUCGUCUACCAUCGGCGGCCGGUGAAUGACACCGAGCGCGAUCACCGGGUGACCUGCAUCGAUCGGAUGGAGUUUGAUGCAGAGGGGAAUAUCCUGCCGGUGGUGAUUACGGCUGAGGGCGUAGAUGUAAGGCCAUUGCAUUAG